CUCACUGUUUCUGACAACAGUAUUUUCAGUGUCUUGUUACUGUUCAGGAUGAGGGGACUAAUCAAUUUAGAACCCUCUGAUACGUAUUCAUCAACAGAAAAUGAAGUUACAGAUUAGCUUUCCGAAACUGGUUCAAGCUAAUUUCUCACAACUUGAGCUUAUGAUUACUUACCCAGCCCCUUUCAUGCUUCUAUGGGAUGACAUGUAUAAUGUGAAAAACAACAACGCUAGGCUAUGUUAAGAGGUAAUACUGUUCCAUAACCAGAUACCAGUUUGACAGAGAACGUUGAGUGGGCUGGCAGGCACACGCAGUCCAUAAAACACGAACAAACAUAACCAUGUAACCAUUAAGCAGAAGAAGGGCAAUGCAAGUGAUACAGGAAGUGAAGCAGAAAGGGCCAUAUUUUGGUAUCAUCGCUGCCUACCCACCUGAGGAGAUUGCAUUUUUUGCUUCCAAGGCAUUUGAACCCGAUCCAAAUCACCCUUUUGUGGAACUCUCAGGGAGGCUAUACAGGGUCGGGAAGGUCUUUGAUAAGAAAGUCAUCUUUGUGAGGUGUGGAGUAGGAAUGCUGAACGCAGCAGCAGUGGCACAACAAAUGAUUGAUGUGUUAGACGUAGUUGGGAUACUGCAUUUUGGAAUUGCUGGAAGUGCGAAUGACUCCAUUUCCUUUGGGGAUGUCACCAUUCCCAAACAGUUUGUUCAUACUGGCCUAUGGGACUGGCUGAAGCCGAAUGGGACACUUGAAAGUAGUGACUUUGCUCACUUGGAUUUUGGUAACUUCGAUGUUCCAAAAGGCAACAAUUUGUUGGGACGUGUUGGCUACAGUUCUGAAGAAUUCUUUUCUGUCACUGGAAAACCCAACUUAGCACAGCGUUUGAUCUGGGCUAAAGUUACUUCUCAAUGGCUUCAACUUGCUGCUACUUUGGAGGGAAUACAGCUAGAACGUUGUAUAAACUCGAGCUUUUGUCUUCCGCAUAGUACCAAGUUAGUGGUUGGUGUGAAUGGCACAUCAGCCGACAUAUAUGUCGACAAUGAAGCUUACAGAGAUUUCCUGUUCCAAACAUUUCAAGUUUCUUCUGUUGAUAUGGAGAGUUUCGCCAUAGUCAUGACAAGCUUGUCGAAUGGGAUUCCAGUGGUAGUGAUAAGAGGAAUAUCAGAUAUGGCGGGAAAGAGCGGAGAAGAAGCCAUUGACACAUUUGGAGCUCUUGCUGCUACCAAUGCAGUCACAGUUUUGCUUCGCCUUCUCAACAUUUUGCCUUCCUCACUUCAUCAUUACAUUUCAUUUUUUAACUUCUUCCAACAACAGUCUACUUCUUUCAUCACUUUGAUCUUACUGUUGUUCUUUCUUUUUUAUCCGCAAAUAUAAAUGCAGGAUGAUAAAUAAAUU